AUGGUGAGUCCGGUGUUGCGCGCGGUGGACAACGACGAGCCAAUGGACUUCCUCACUGAGGUGCGCCGCGUAGUGGUCGUCUUCCUCAAUAUCGUCACCAAGUCGGUCACGGAAGACGUGCUCAUAGACAUCGUGGAUUCCGCCUAUAAAUGCGUUUGCAGGCUGUCGUCUACUUUGGGUGGUUUGGUGAACAAAGUGUCCAUGUUCGACAAGGACAUGAUGUUCCUGGUGGUGUUCGGGCUGCGGGGGCUGAAGCAAGAGGACGAGGCGAGGAAGGCGCUCCAGUGCGCUUACGAGCUGAUGGAGAACUUGAUAUCGAUGGACGUGAACAUCAUCAGCGUUUCUAUUGGUGUCACGUCUGGAACUACCUACUGUGGGGUGGUCGGCCACGUUCUACGUAGGGAAUAUACUGUUAUAGGACCAACUGUGAACAAGGCCGCUCGGUUGAUGAUGGCAUACCCUAUGAGGGUGACAUGCGACAAGGAAACCUUUUUGAGGAGUAAACUCGAACAAGAGCAUUUUAGGAUCGUUGAGCAGAAAUUGCUCAAAGGCAUAUCUAAGCCUGGUCCCAUUUACGAGUUCAAUAAGUAUAGAUGGUCGGAGCGCAAAGGUACCAGCAUACACCCUAUUCUGGGACGCAAUGACGAAUUGCGGAAAUACAAAAUAUUGAUCAACAACGCAAUCGGAGAACACAAGCGAAAAUUCACAAGAUACAGGGACCUUAAAUUUGCUUUUGCUAUUAUUGGAGUUGAAUUGGUUGGCAAAAGUCGGUUUUUAGAAGAAUGCAUUCAUAUAACUCCACACGAGUAUCGAGUCGAGACUUUUGUUUUGACUGAAACUGAUAAAAUGUUUAAAUAUAAACAAAAAAAUUAUAAGAAAACACUUACUUUACAACAACGAUUACUUACUUUACGCUCUGCCUUGCUGCCUAAGAAAUACAAGAAGAAAUUCGAGACGGCCAUUAAGAGACCAUUUGCGUUGUUUCGAAUGAUAAUGGCCAAAGCAUUCACAACUUCUGAUGUGCGAAGUAGCCUUGUAAAUUUUGAAGAUAUCCUAAGAUUCAGCGUAAAUGUGACGAGUUUGUCAGCGUUACAAUUGUUCGCUUUGAAUACGAUUUUCGACUGCCGUUUCCCUUUACCGGAGAAAUUUGAAAACGGCGGAAACUUUCUCUAUGAUGUGAGCGUUAAACUUAUGCUCCAGGAGAUUUUUAAAAGCAUGUUUCCAAAUCUUUGGGUGGCGGCAGUGAAGAGGGCUCACUAUGUGGAUGACUUUACGUGGAGAAUGCUCAUCAUAAUGUUGGAAACGAAAACUAUAUUUUUAAUUAUGACCAUUGAUGAAGAACAUCAACUGUCAGAGACAGCAUGCAAGUCCCUUGAGAAUAACAUGAUUGUGAAAAUACUGUUGAAGGGAAUCGAUCGAUGGUACCACGGCGCACUAGCCUGCCAAUUAUUGGACGUGCAAGCCAUCCCUUCUGACUUGCAAAAGAUCAUAGAAAGUGCUAGCGGCGGCAUGCCUGGUUGGAUCCAGAACUUCGUAAUAUCGCUGGUCCAACGCGGGGUCCUGACUGUGGUGACGGUGCUGAGAAGUGAGGCGAAGGAGUCUGGUGCUGUAAUGCCAUCGCCUGCUCUCCUGCAGCGCGCCGCAUACGACUCCAUCAGUGAAAAACACAAUCUAAUAGGAGCUAGUUGUCAUAUAUACGAAAAGCCUGCCGACUAUCCUGCGCUUGCACUCACUGAGCCACCUCAAAAAGGUUUACGGGCGUUGACGGACUUGCAGUUGCAAAUAGUUGACUCGUUUUACUUCGUUGUGAUUGUGCGCUCCCUGACACUUGAUUGAUUUUUGUCUAACACGGUUUUGUCAAUUAGUAUGGAUGAACUGGAAUCAUUUUUUUUUCGUUCGAUUUGUGAUCGUUCCGUUUUACGAAGAAGACAAUUUACUAUGUAUAACGAACAGAAUGUUUGAAAAAACCCCAACCCAUGCGGGGAUUUUUGGAUUUACUAUAGUGUGGCAGAAUAACAUAAGGAGGCACCCUUUAACCUUGUAAAGUACUCCUAUAAUACCUGAG